AUGUCAGUAUUUGCCCAGCGUGCCAUCCAGUCAGUGGCUUGUGUGGCUCGCUCAACUCUAGCCCAGUCCACAAUAGACCCAACUGAGUACAGUUUCAAUCCUCGCUCAACUCUCGCCCAGUGCACAAUAGACCCAACUGAGUACAGUUUCAAUCCUCGCUCAUCUCUAGCCCAGUCCACAAUAGACCCAACUGAGUACAGUUUCAAUCCUCGCUCAACUCUAGCCCAGUCGACAAUAGACCCAACUGAGUACAGUUUCAAUCCUCGCUCAACUCUCGCCCAGUGCACAAUAGACCCAACUGAGUACAGUUUCAAUCCUCGCUCAUCUCUAGCCCAGUCCACAAUAUACCCAACUGAGUACAGUUUCAAUCCUCGCUCAACUCUAGCCCAGUCGACAAUAGACCCAACUGAGUACAGUUUCAAUCCUCGCUCAACUCUAGCCCAGUCCACAAUAGACCCAACUGAGUACAGUUUCAAUCCUCGCUCAACUCUCGCCCAGUGCACAAUAAGCCCAACUGAGUACAGUUUCAAUCCUCGCUCAUCUCUAGCCCAGUCCACAAUAGACCCAACUGAGUACAGUUUCAAUCCUCGCUCAACUCUAGCCCAGUCCACAAUAGACCCAACUGAGUACAGUUUCAAUCCUCGCUCAACUCUAGCCCAGUCCACAAUAGACCCAACUGAGUACAGUUUCAAUCCUCGCUCAACUCUCGCCCAGUGCACAAUAGACCCAACUGAGUACAGUUUCAAUCCUCGCUCAACUCUCGCCCAGUGCACAAUAGACCCAACUGAGUACAGUUUCAAUCCUUGCUCAACUCUAGCCCAGUCGACAAUAGACCCAACUGAGUACAGUUUCAAUCCUUGCUCAACUCUCGCCCAGUGCACAAUAGACCCAACUGAGUACAGUUUCAAUCCUCGCUCAUCUCUAGCCCAGUGCACAAUAGACCCAACUGAGUACAGUUUCAAUCCUCGCUCAACUCUAGCCCAGUCGACAAUAGACCCAACUGAGUACAGUUUCAAUCCUCGCUCAACUCUCGCCCAGUGCACAAUAGACCCAACUGAGUACAGUUUCAAUCCUCGCUCAUCUCUAGCCCAGUGCACAAUAGACCCAACUGAGUACAGUUUCAAUCUAGCCACGCGAGAUCUCGUAUGCUCUCGAGCCGGCACGGACGCUGCGCAUGUCAGAACGAGAACCGCCUGUCUGGUGGACACUUGUCAGUGGACCGUGAGGUGA